AUGAAAGCUUUUACCACCAGCAUACGUCUUUUCAGUAGCUGUACGUCCGUACUUGGAAAAAACAAUGCCAGCCUGCGAAAAAUUCCGAGUCCAACGGAUCAGAUACCUUCGGUAGAAGCGUUUUUAAAUAAGAUCGGACGGAAAUGCAAUGAGCAAGCCGAGCUCUACGAAAACAAGUGGGAAAAUCUGUUCUCUUGGGACUCAAAGGCUUUGAAAGAGAAGGGUAUGGUAGCACAACAGCGCAAAUACAUAUUGAGCCAGGUCGAGCGUCUACGGAAGAACGAACCGGUCGUUGAGAUCAAAGAGGGCAAAAAAUCGGUUUUGGGCGGCGAACGCAAGCGUAAAGAAACGGUUGCCAAAAUGCGAGCGGAACAACGUGCCGCGCAAGACGGCUCUGCUCAGUCGUAA